AUGGAGGAAAUAGAGAUGGAGGAGCAGCAGCAGACGGAAGAGCAGCAGCAGACGGCAGGGCAGCAGACGGCAGAGCAGCAGCAGACGGCAGAGCAGCAGACGGCGGCAGAGCAGCAGAGAAGGCCGUCGUCCUCCUCCUCCGGGGUCCCAGGGCGGCGAGAAGAGAAGGUUGGGCUAUUCAUGGGGGCCGACAACGACGAGUCGGACGAGGGAGAGUCGGAAGAGGGAGAACCGGAAGAGGGAGAACCGGAAGAGGGAGAACCGGAAGAGGGAGAACCGGAAGAGGGAGAGCCCGCGGGAGGCCAACGCGCGAACGAUCCCACCCCGCCCCCAGCUGCCGCGUCCCCACGUUUCCCGAAGCGGGCAUCUGCACGCGUGGCGUCCGCGCCUGCACCCACGGCCCGCAAGCGCGCGCGGGCUGACGGAACAGGGGGCGUGCGCGGGGUCGAAGGCGCUGGCGCGGAAACAGGGGUUGGCAGGGACGGCGGAGCAGCAAGCGGAGCAACAAGCGGAGCAGAGAACAAGGGUGCCGGGGCCGACGAGGUGGGAACGGCGGGUAGCGGCCAACGCGCGAACGCUGCUGGGACGGUACAGGCCGGUGGAGCAGAGAAACGUACCGUGCGUGAUGCCAAGGACGCGGGGAAGGUGGAGAGAUUGAGGCUGGCCGGCAUCCGGCAGUUGGAGAGCGGGGAGUGGGUUGCCGAAGCAACCAUUGGUGGGCAGCAAUGGUACCUGGGGUCGCACUCGAACCGUGCGAACGUUCUCUAUCUCCUGUGCAUGGCACGGACGGUGUUUGGCGAGCCGGCGGACUUGGGUUUGGAGCUGCUCCCGAGCACCAAGGCCGCGUGGGAACCAGAGUGGAAACAAGCGCGCCACAUCCCUCCUGGCCUGUGGACCGUCAUGCAUGGCUUCAAGCUCACACGCACUGUGCGCAGGUGGGUGCCGGGUGGUGCAGGUGGGUGCCGGGUGGUGCACGCCGGCAGCGUGCUUGCUUCCUUGCGUUCUUUACCAAGAUGCGUUGGUUGCAUUGCAUUGCACGCACGGCUGACGGGGUGUGGCGGUGCGGACCGUGCUCUGUUCUGUUCUGUCUCUUGCAGAUACCGCGUGAUUUUGAAGAGUUUCGAUGCUUUGGCGGGCGACAACGAGAAGGACAAAGAGAGCAUGGUGUCGACCCUCUGCGCGGCCAUUGGGACCGCCGCCGCUGCCGUCUGGAAGCCUGGCGCCGCCACCGAGCUUUACGCUUCAGCGCUGGCGGCGUCAUGCGCGGCGGUGUGGAGCAUCUGGCGUGGAGACAGCACCGCCUCAGCUGUCAACCGCGCUGUUGCCGCGACCAGCGCCGUUGGUGCACCGAUGGACCUGGCGCUGCACUGCGGGCUCGUGAUCGCCGAGGUCUUGGCCAGUUUGGACAAAGGAUCCGGCGAAGCCAGAGGGGAAGCCAGUUCGGACCCGGACGCGCGGGUGAUUGAGCUAGCGUUGGGCACCGCAGCCCUGGUGACGAGGGAGGUCGCCGAGGUGGUGGCGACAGAGAUGGUCAACACGCUGGGCCUGUGGUCGGCUUGCGCUGCCGCUGCAGAUCCUCUGGUGAGGCGCGGCUUCCACGUGUCCCUGACUGCCGCGAUGAAACGCAAGCUCGAAGCGCACGGAUGA